UACCAAAUAUUACAAAAUUUGGAUAGCUAUCCAUCCUUAGGGGGGCAUAUCUAUCAGUUAUCUCUUGAGGGUGUAGUUGUUAUGAGCAUUUAAACUAAUUUAAAAGAGUAGCUAUCAUUGACGGGUCCAACUAUGCAGCGAUUACUAAUCUAAUUAGACAUUUAAAAUCUAAACAAAAGUCAGAUUCUGAUUAUCUCAUAAAAUAUACAAAUCUCAACAUAAGAACUAAGACAUGGUGAGAUGUGGAAACAACCAAUUCCAGCUCAACCAAAACACAUUUAAUUUUAACUUUUAUGAUCACGUCUAUACAUGUCUACUUUUGAUUAUAUUAAUGAAAUAGACAAAGACUUUUACUAAAUCAAAAAGACAAGGUAGUAAAGCCAAAAAGAAUGUCUCCUGAUCUUCCUGAAGCUCAUUUCUCUUUCAGGAGGAAGAGAUUUUAAAGCUUUCUCUUUGCUCUUGUCUCUUCUGUGUCUGUGUUGUCAAGUCUCAAGUGUUCCGCGAUGGCGACAUCUUCGGAUGGUUUGUUCGCUGACAUGAACUUCUUGGGAGUGAUCGGAUAUGUACUAGAGCAAACAAGAUUCAUCUUCCUCGUACCGAUUCUGAAUGUUUUGGUGAAUCUAUGCCAGGUCAUCUCUCUGUUGUUGUUUAUAGAUGCAUCUUACAUGGCUAUAGUUGUAGCCAUUGUCAAAUUACGUGGACGAACGCCUGAGAAAGUUCUCAGAUGGGAAUCUUUCAAGACCGAUGACGUUGAGCUAGCUCCUUCAAGUAAUCAUCCAAUGGUUCUCAUCCAAAUCCCAAUCUACAACGAAAAAGAGGUGUGCCAACUUUCGAUAGGAGCGGUUUGCAAGCUAUCAUGGCCAUUGGAUAGGAUGAUUGUUCAAGUGCUCGAUGACUCAACUGAUCCACACAGUAAGGAGCUGGUUAGAUUAGAGUGUAAGAAAUGGGCGAGUGAGGGCAUAAACAUAAAGUCAGAGGUUAGAAACAGUCGAAACGGGUACAAAGCAGGAGCUCUCACUGCAGGAAUGAAGCAUAGUUAUGUGGAAGGAUGCGAGUUUGUUGUUAUAUUCGAUGCAGAUUUUCAGCCUGAAUCUGAUUUUCUUGAACGUACUGUUCCUUUUCUUGCACAUAACUCUGAGAUAGCUCUUGUACAAGCCGGUUGGAAAUACGUGAAUGCAGAUGAGUGUUGUAUGACAAGAAUACAAGAGAUGUCUCUUAACUACCAUUUUGCUGUGGAGCAGAAGUCUGGAUCCUCCAUGCAUGGGUUCUUUGGAUUCAACGGUACUGCUGGUGUGUGGAGAAUCUCAGCUUUGAAUGAGGCUGGUGGAUGGCAGGACCGCACGAUCGUUGAGGACAUGGAUUUAGCAGUUAGGGCUUACUUAAACGGCUGGAAGUUUGUGUUUGUCGACAACAUUAAGGUGAGCAACGAGCUACCAAGCUCAUUUAGAGCAUAUCGGUAUCAACAGCAUCGUUGGUCUUGUGGUCCAGCGAACCUCUUCAAGAAAAUGGCCAUGGAGAUCAUCAAAAAGGAGAAUGUGUCUUUAUGGAAGAAGGCUUACUUGAUAUACAACUUCUUCUUUGUAAGGAAGAUUGUUGUACACAUCUUCACAUUCGUCUUCUACUGUCUGAUCUUGCCUGCUACCGUUAUAUUCCCUGAAAUAGAAGUUCCUAAGUGGACAACUAUCUACAUUCCAGCUACCAUCACUAUCCUCAACGCCAUUGCAACACCAAAAUCAUUCUACCUAAUACUGUAUUGGAUCUUGUUUGAGAACGUUAUGGCGAUGCAUAGGAGUAAAGGAACUCUCAUUGGGUUGCUAGAGACGAGUAGAGUUAAAGAAUGGGUUGUGACACAGAAGCUAGGAGAGUAUAACACUCUCAGAGAAAACCUACUUACUCACUACAGCUUUCCUGAAAGACUCAGAUGGCGAGAGAUAAUGGUUGGGAUGUAUCUAUUCAUAUGUGGAUACUAUGACUUUGUGUUUGGGAAGACAUACCUUUAUGUAUACCUUUUCUUGCAGUCCACUGCUUUCUUUAUUGUUGGAGUUGGCUAUAUUGGUAUGUCGGUUCCGAGUUGAUCAUCACUGACACGUUUUAACUUCUUUUUGUUCUUCUACUACACAUUCAUUCUUACAAAAGGGUCGAUUGUAUAGAGAUUUAACGAUGUUGUUUUGUCAUCAGGUUAUACAGUUUCAUUGAAAGAUUCUUUGUUUCAUAAAUAAAGACCUAACAAUUUAUUCAAAAUA